AUGUUGGAUGUCGGCUUCACCACCUUCGCGAAACAGGGAGCUACCCUCACAGCUUCAAAUCAUACCCUCGAAGAAAUCGAAUCGGUAGAGUCACCUCUUCCGUAUGCAGAAGAAGCCCUCACAACCUCCGUACCUGAGAAGUCCCAGCAUAUCCUGCUGAAACUCUACAAACUCGGUUCACGUGAACCACCAAACAACUGA